CCACAUCCUAAAAGUAGAGAAAAGAUAAAGAAGAUGAAAAGAAAGCCACUGCUUUAAGCCCUUUCCACGUUGUCUUCCACUCAUAGGCAUUGGCACUUAUGGACAGGGAAGGGCAGCAAAUGUGUUAGCUUAUCAUCUAACUCUUACAACAAAAACAAAGCACAACAUAGACAUACAAGAGCCAUGGAAACAUCAUCACAAACUCUGCCUGAUCAGCAGCAGCAGCAGCAGCCAGCAGGACAAAGCUUGAGCAGUAAUUAUCCGCAAGCCGUGCCAUUAUCUUCUUCUUCUUCUUCUUCUACAUCUGGUUCUGGUUCCAUUGGGCCAUUCUUUGCAGUGAUCUCUGUCCUAACGGUGCUUGCGUUUCUGUCGUGCGUUUUGGGGCGGAAGUUGAGUCGUGAUCAGACGGUACUGAGGCCAUUGGAGAGCAUCAACCAUGGGCAUAGGACUAGCUGUGCAGGGUGGUUGAAGCGCAAGUGCAGGCAGCUGCAGUGCAUGGUUUCUCAUCAUGAUCUGGAAGUUGGACCAAAUCUAAAGGUGAUUGUGGAUCCUAAGGUUAAACAAGGUGAAGAGGUUCCUCCACCACAGCCUUGAACACAACUUUCAACUUUGUGUACGUGUUUUUUGUUGUAAGUGGAGAUUAUAGCUAGGGAGAUGAUUCAUGUACCAUUUUAGAAUAACCGACCACUCUCUGCUGCUGAUCAGCUGGGAAAUUUGUUUGAUCAUAAGAUUGAUAUAUUUGAAUGUGAAAAUCUUUUGGUAUCAUUUGUUGGGAA